UUGUCUGCAGCUUCACCCCUCAUCUCAACAUUAUUUAAGGCACUGGUGACUGAUACUUUCGGAAGAAAGCACAAAACUAUUGAUAAUGUCUUCCAAUUCCAGAGCUCUCUUCUUCUUCUCCUUCUUCCUUGCAAUCCUCUACUUCUCAGCUUCUGCAGAAAAUGAGGGGCCUGGCCUCGUUAUGAACUAUUACAGGGACUCCUGCCCACAAGCUGAAGAUAUCAUCAAGGAACAAGUCAAGCUUCUCUACAAGCGCCACAAGAACACUGCUUUUUCUUGGCUCAGAAACAUCUUCCAUGACUGUUUUGUUGAGUCAUGUGAUGCAUCCCUAUUGCUGGAUUCCACGAGGAGGAUGUUGUCGGAGAAGGAGACUGACAGGAGCUUUGGUAUGAGGAAUUUUAGGUAUAUUGAGACCAUCAAAGAAGCUUUAGAGAGGGAGUGUCCUGGAGUGGUUUCCUGCGCUGAUAUUCUUGUUUUGUCUGCAAGAGAUGGUAUUGUUGCACUUGGAGGGCCAUACAUCCCACUCAAAACAGGCAGAAGAGAUGGUAGAAAAAGCAGAGCAGAUAUACUCGAACAGCACCUGCCAGACCACAAUGAGAGCAUGAGUGUUGUUCUUGAGCGGUUUGCUAACAUUGGCAUUGACACUCCUGGAGUUGUUGCUUUGCUAGGUGCUCACAGUGUCGGCCGAACCCACUGUGUCAAACUGGUUCACCGUCUGUACCCUGAAGUGGAUCCGGCGCUCAAUCCUACCCAUGUUGAGCACAUGCUGCACAAGUGUCCCGACGCAAUCCCAGACCCUAAGGCUGUGCAGUACGUGAGGAACGAUCGUGGCACACCGAUGAAACUCGACAACAAUUACUACAGAAACAUAUUGGACAACAAGGGCUUGUUGAUUGUGGAUCAUCAACUAGCCACAGACAAGAGGACAAAGCCCUAUGUCAAGAAAAUGGCCAAGAGCCAAGACUAUUUCUUUAGGGAGUUUGGUAGAGCCAUCACCAUUCUCUCUGAGAACAACCCUCUCACUGGCACAAAGGGUGAAGUUAGAAAGCAGUGCAAUCUUGCAAACAAGCUCCAUUGAAAUCGCCUUUUGUUUUAAGCAUCUGUGAGGAGAAUGGAGUGAGCCUGAGAAAAUAAAUUAAAUGCAUGUGGGCUUUUCAUCUCUAGAUAUUGUGGUUUGUUUCUUCUGGCAAGAAGUGUGUUUUGUGGGAGAGAGUGGCAAGAACGUGGUGAUGGCUAUGUUAAUUACUGCACUGUUUUUAUUGAUGAUUUCCCCUUUGUGUUAGGGUGUGGUUGAUGGGUUCGGGGAAUGUUGUAUGUAAGGAUUGGAGGUGGUGAAUGUUAAGACAAGUUUACGUAGAUCCGGCUCUGGAAGUGGAAUCCACUGAAACGGUUGUUCGUCUCGAGAAAA